AUGCGAGAUUCUCCUGCGACUGCAAUCGACAUCCCACGGAAUCAACCUUCUGAAUGUCUGUGCUCACGAAUUUUCCGCAGCGCAUCAAACGAAACAAAGAUGCCUCUCCGGUUCUCCACCAUCGGUACCAUCCUCCUGGUCGCCUCAGCAACCUUCUAUACCAACCUAGUUGUGAGGCACCAUAGCCAGUUGCCGCGCCAUUUCCCACAAUCUGUUGACUUGAUUUCUGCAAUAACUCAGGACAUACUUUGCUUGCUGAAAACAACCGUCACUAGUGACCGGAGACGCAGAAUUCCGGCCCAAUCCAAUCUUGGGCUCCGCCCGGAAAACAAUCUUUUCAGCUUGCUAAACAGAGAGAUCAAGAACGGAAGAAGAAUCUCAUUCGAGGUCCUCUCCAUGGAGUCCCUUUCGUUGUUAAAGGUAACACAGCCUCAUGCUAUUGCCUUUCUUUCAUCGUUAGAAAAAUCGCAGAACGCUAAUGCAGUUCUCAUAGGUUGGGGAAAUCUCCAGGAAAGUGACCUCUUGUAUAUAAAUCUGGCUCCCCAGAGGCAGAGUUCAAAAAUGCUGGAUGGUCGAAAAUUGGACGGCGUACAGUCUCUCCGUCUGACUUCAGCAUCAUCUUCAGGAUUUGGAGUCGCGGUAUCCUCCAAAUUUUCACUUAUUACUUUAGGAACAGACACCACAGAGCUCAGCGACCUAUCCUGCUGCCCUACUGUUGGGCUACUUUCACGAGGCUGUAUUCUCCAUACAUCGCCGUCUUUCCACAUCCUAGGAGUGAUUGCAAAAUCGAUUUUGGGAUAUUUCCACAUUUUUAAAUGCGCUAUCAGGCCUGAUAUGAAAGGCACCGUCACUCCGCUAUACGGUAAAUGGAGGAACUUGUACAUCAGCGCCUUGGGUAAGGACUUAUUUUGGAGCGAAACCAUUCCAAUAUCAGACAAAACUCGCUGGGGACCACCAGUCCAGCGCUUCAACGAUCUUAUAGGCAUUUCCUCUAAAUCCAAUUCCAAAAACUGGGUGCUUCCAUUGUUGAAAGCAUUGAACUCCCAUGGGCUACGUUGUGGAGCGGAAGCUAACCCAGUACUGCAAAAUAUUAUCUCCGAUUGUCCGUUACGACACUUAACGAAUCUUAAUUCGUACUUCGCGACACUACGGAGCACGCCAAUCCACAGCUUACGCAAACUAGUCGAAUUCGACAAAGUUAACCCAGGUCCUGCGGAUGACGAAGCGUUCCCAACCGUACGUACUACGACUCGUAGAUACGUGAACGUAGCAGUCACCUCCCAUUACAGACCGUAA